AUCAGGCAUCGCCGGGACGGAAGCCAGAAUCGCCUUGGGUCAGGUCGUAAAGAUGGCGUCCUCGGCCCCUGCUCGGACUGCUGCGGGAAAGCGAGUGGUGAAUCAGGAUGAACUGCGGCGGUUGAUGAAGGAGAAGCAGCGUCUAAGCACCAACCGGAAGCGCAUAGAAUCUCCGUUUGCGAAGUACAACCGUUUGGGGCAGCUGAGCUGUGCCCUGUGUAACACCCCGGUGAAGAGCGAGCUCCUGUGGCAGACUCACGUCCUGGGAAAGCAGCACCGAGAGAAAGUGGCCGAGCUGAAAGGCGCGAAGGAAGCCACCCCGGGUCCGUCCGCCAGCGCAGGGCCUCAGUCGGCCAAGAGGAAGGGGCCAGAUGCGGAUAGCCAAGAUGCCAAAAGAGCGAAGGCCUCCCCCGUGCCUCAGGUACAGCCCUCCACGUCCGCUUUGCCCACCAGAUUUGACAAAGCAGGAAAGGAGUCCGCUAGAGCUACCCUCGGUAAGGCUUCGGGACUCGGUUUACUCCCUGAUUAUGAAGAUGAGGAAGAGGAGGAGGAGGAGGGGGGAGGCGAAGGAAAAAGAGGGGACGCCGGCAAGCAGCUGCCCGACUCACAAGGCAAGGAACACUCACUUUCCUCCUCGCGCGAGGCAACAAGUGGUAUGCUGCCAAAGGAUUUCUCGGAUACAAAUCCUCCCAAGGCCCCUUUAAUUCCUCAUUCAGGGUCAAUUGAGAAAGCAGAGAUACAUGAGAAAGUAGUGGAAAGGAGAGAAAACACCGCGGAGGCGUUACCGGAAGGGUUUUUUGACGACCCCGAGAUAGAUGCGAGGGUACGAAAGGUUGAUGCCCCAAAGGAUCAGAUGGACAAAGAGUGGGACGAAUUUCAAAAGGCCAUGAGACAGGUCAACACUAUUUCCGAAGCCAUCGUUGCUGAAGAAGAUGAGGAGGGACGGUUGGACCGGCAGAUUGGGGAGAUCGAUGAGCAGAUAGAGUGUUACCGUCGGGUGGAAAAGCUGCGGAAUCGCCAGGAUGAAAUAAAAAGUAAGCUUAAAGAGGUCCUGACCAUAAAAGAACUGCAGAAAAAGGAAGAGGAGAACGUUGACAGCGAUGAUGAGGGGGAACUACAGGAUUUGUUGUCUCAGGAUUGGAGGGUGAAAGGGGCUUUGUUAUAGGGUUUCAAAGACCCAAGUUUUCUACACUCUACCAUUGUAUAAAAAGUGCGUCUCUCGAUGGGAUAUCGGUUACUCCCUGCCUAGACGUUUGGUAACCCAACUGGGUUAAGAUACAACGAGCCUGUGACGGUAGCACUUUGGAAAACUGGUGUAAAAUAUUCUUGAGGUAAAGCUGUUUUUGAAGUUUUUGAAGUAUUAUAUACUAAAAUGCCAACUUUUUCACACAUUUACGGAUUUAAAUGUACACUUUUGGUAAAACCUGUAAACUGUAAAUAUUGUACAUAGUUAAAUAUAUAUUUACUCAAGUAAUUCUG